UCACUUUUGUUGACAUUAUCGCUGUCAUGUCAUUUUUUGCAGGAGUUACAAAAGUUUUGAAUUUAAUAACUUUGUUGAAUUUUAAUAGUAAUAUCAGGGGCGCAAUUUAUUCAGCGAGGGCAAAGAUGCCUUUCUAUGCAGUAGCUAAAGGCAGGACACCAGGCAUAUUCAUGUCAUGGGGGGAUUGUGAAGCUCAAGUUAAAGGAUUUUCUGGUGCAAGAUACAAGAAAUUCGAUUCAAUUGAUAGUGCUCAGGAGUUCAUUACUAAAGAGAGUGGUGGAAGCAUCGGUGGAGCUAAGGCACCCGCAAAAAAUAGUAGAAGUUCCUUUACGAAACCUUCGACGGCUAAUACUAACCUAAAAAGACCAUACUCAACUGGAGCAAACAACAAUUCAACCGGCUCUAAAAAGGUAACGGCUUCAAAACCUCGAAAUAAACAGCAAGAAAGUGAUGAAGAUUCCGAUACAUCCGAUGAUCUAAACAGUAUUAUUUGUAAACAAAUGGAUGACAUUGAAAAAAGGCUUCAAAAUUCUGCUAAAACUAUUGACAAAAUUUAUGGAACCAAGUCAAAGCCCUCAAACCGAAAAGCGAUAUUGAUUGAGCAACCUCAGCCGAAAAGGAGGAGAUCCAGCAAUCUAGACUUUAAGAAAGAUGCUGAUGGCUAUGUGCAAGUUUACACUGACGGGGCCUGUUCUGCUAAUGGGAGGAGCGGGGCGCGUGCUGGUCUGGGUGUGUACUGGGGAGAUGGCCACGAGCUCAAUGCUAGUGAGCCAGUCUCCGGCCGAGCCACCAACAACUGUGGGGAGAUCCAGGCUGCCACGUGGGCCAUCAAGCAGGCCCUGCAGAAUGGAAUCAAGCAGCUGGCCAUCAACACAGACUCCCAGUUUGUCAUCAAUGCUGUCACUAAAUGGAUGCCUGGUUGGAAGAAAAAAGGUUGGAAACUAGCAUCAGGAGAACCUGUGAAGAAUGAAAAAGAUUUCAAGGAGUUGGACAGUGUCCAGAGCAAGAUUGCGGUCAAAUGGGUCUAUGUGGAGGCACACAAGGGAAUCCACGGGAAUGAAAUGGCUGAUCAGCUUGCCAAAGAUGGAGCCUCCAGAUAUAACCAGUAAUUGGAAUAUGUACAUGCAUUCUAAUAUGGCAUACAAUGCUCAUACUCAAUACAAUAACAAUUUUGAUUAUAAGUUGGAAGGAUUCUGAUAUAAUUGCCAAUUAUUGAAUUUCACACAAAUGAAAAAUCUGUGCCCCAAAACUCUGUCUACAGCUAUUUUCAUCUUGUGUCUGAUGUGAAACAAACUUCAAAGACUGAUGUCAUUUAGCU